UUUUUUUUGUUUCUGUGGGCAUGUGGAAAUCUAAGAAAAACACAUUCAUUACUUUUGCUCAUUAACAAACGUGUAAACAACAAAAAGAAGAAAAACGAAAAGAAACCAAGCAAAGAAGGAAGUGUGAAAACAAAUUGCAAAUUCUGAGAAACAAAAACCAACCAAAAAAAAAACAAAACAAACAAGAAAAGCGAAAAAAGAAAUUAAGAAAAAAAUAAGUAAGCAGCUGAAGCUGAAGAGAUCAGCAACAAAAAUCCAACAAACAGACACACACAGAGACAAACGCAUAUUGAGGACGUUGCGAGUGAGCGACAAAAUGCAACGCACGCAGUCGCCGCUGUCGACGCUGCUGCUGUUGCUGCUGUUGGCGUCAGCAGCGCAAGCACAAGCGCAGGCGCAGAAUAUAGAUGGAGCUUGCAGUUUUCCUGGUUCACCGGCGCACAGCAGCGUCGUCUUCUCGAGCGCGAAUCUAACGCAGGGCACCGUCGCCUCCUACAGCUGUGAGCGGGGCUUCGAGCUGCUCGGACCGGCCAGACGAGUGUGCGACAAGGGGCAAUGGGUGCCAGAGGGCAUUCCAUUCUGUGUUCUCAAUGUGGCUGCUGGCAAGGCGCCAAUGCAAAUCUCCACCGAUGGCGCUGGCGCUCCACAGAAGGCCAUCGAUGGCUCCACGUCCGCCUUUUUCACGCCGGACACUUGCUCGCUAACGAAACCGGAACGCUCACCCUGGUGGUAUGUGAAUCUCCUCGAGCCCUACAUGGUUCAGCUGGUGCGUCUCGACUUUGGCAAAUCCUGUUGCGGCAACAAACCCGCCACGAUUGUGGUGCGUGUGGGCAACAAUCGUCCCGAUCUGGGCACAAAUCCGAUUUGCAAUCGUUUCACGGGUCUCCUCGAAGCCGGUCAACCGCUAUUCCUGCCCUGCAAUCCACCGAUGCCCGGCGCCUUUGUCAGCGUUCAUCUGGAGAACAACGCCCCGAAUCCGUUGUCCAUAUGCGAGGCGUUCGUCUACACGGAUCAAGCGCUGCCCAUCGAACGUUGUCCGACGUUCCGUGAUCAACCGCCCGGCGCCUUGGCCUCAUACAAUGGCAAAUGUUACAUUUUCUACAAUCGCCAGCCGUUGAAUUUCCUCGAUGCCCUCAGCUUCUGUCGGUCACGCGGCGGCACCUUGAUCAGCGAGAGCAAUCCGGCUCUGCAGGGUUUCAUCAGCUGGGAGCUGUGGCGUCGCCAUCGCAGCGAUGUCAGCUCACAGUAUUGGAUGGGCGCUGUCCGCGAUGGCAGCGAUCGCAGCAGCUGGAAGUGGGUGAACGGUGAAGAGUUGACAGUUUCAUUCUGGAAUCAUCCCGGCGGGGAUGAGGAUUGUGCUCGCUUUGAUGGCUCCAAGGGUUGGCUGUGGAGCGACACCAAUUGCAAUACGCUUCUGAACUUCAUUUGCCAGCAUCAGCCCAAGACUUGUGGUCGCCCUGAACAGCCGCCCAACUCAACGAUGAUUGCUCUCAAUGGCUACGAGGUGGGAGCCCAAAUAAAAUACAGUUGCGAUGCGAAUCAUUUGCUUGUCGGUCCCGCCACACGCACUUGCCUCGAAACCGGAUUCUACAAUGAGUUUCCCCCAGUUUGCAAAUAUAUCGAAUGCGGUCUCCCGGCGAGCAUCGCCCAUGGAUCGUAUGGUCUGCUCAAUGGCACCGUCGGCUACCUCAGCCUGGUGAAGUAUGCCUGCGACGAGGGAUACGAGAUGAUUGGACGUGCUCUCCUCACCUGCGACUUUGACGAGCGCUGGAACGGACCUCCGCCACGCUGUGAAAUUGUUGAAUGCGACACUCUGCCCGGCAACUAUUACAACACGAUCAUCAGUGCACCCAACGGCACCUACUACGGCUCCAAGGCGGAGAUCAGCUGCCCACCCGGCUAUCGCAUGGAAGGACCACGUGUGCUCAGCUGUCUGGCCACCGGACAAUGGAGCAGCGCUCUACCACGUUGCAUUAAAUUGGAGCCCGCCACGCUAGCGACAUCAGCCGCACCACCGCCACCACCACCGCAACCGCCAUCACCCGCCUCCACGGCGGCAGCGCCCACGCGGCCAAAGGUCACGCCCAGCACAAGUCGGACGCCCGCGUAUCGUGCGCCAGUUAGCAGCACCACAAGCACCACAUCGAGUAGCUCAGCGGCAAGUUAUCCACAUCCCAGCAUUCACACUCCACAGGUGGAGAUCAAUGGCGAAGCCGACUCCGAUGAGGAUAUCAUCAAUGUGCCAGUGCCCGGCACCGUUCGCGAAGAGUUCCCACCACGUCGCACCGUUCGUCCCGUGCUCAUACCCAAGAAGCCAAACAGCACGCCAGCCACCAGCAGCAGCUCGUCUUCAUCCUCUUCAUCCUCAUCCUCCUCUUCGACGAGCACCACGCAGUACGCACCUGGAGCACCAGUGUCCACAUAUGCUCCAACACCACCUCGAACUCGUCCCACGCUGGAGACGACGACGCGCAACACUCAGCAGAUCAUUCUCAACUCGCAUCCGCAGGAUAAUGAGAUUGCCGAUAGCGUCAAUAUACGACAGAAUCAAUCGCCCAAUGUCAACGUUCCGUUCGCUGUCGACAAUCCCGAUCGCAAGGAGACCAAGGAGGCAAAACUUAAUCUGGGCGCCAUUGUGGCGUUGGGUGCUUUUGGUGGCUUCGUUUUCCUUGCUGCCGUCAUCACAACGAUUGUCAUUCUGGUCAGAAGCACCCCGAACAGCAAACGGCGGCACCUUGCUAAACAUUUAACCAAUUACCAUCAUCACCAUCAACUUCAUCAUCAUCAACAACAACAUCACCAACAUCAUCAACAUCAACAUCAUCAACAACAACAUCACCAACAGCAGCAGCAGCAACGAGAGAAGCGCCAGCGACAACAUCAACAUCAGCAGCAGCAACAACAUCAAUAUGGACUACAGUCAUCGGUCACCCGGUUGCCCAGUUAUGCCACAGCAACGGCGACAAGUGCCACCAGCUAUGCCUCAACAGCUCAACUGACACGCUGCAGCGGUGGCGGCGGUCACAAGGGCAGCUGUAGCAUCAGUUCGCGUCGUGAUCGCAGUCGUGGCUAUCAUCUGCGUCUCUUUGGCGACGGAGGCGGAGGCGGAGGCUAUGGCAGCAUUAGCUCCAGCACUCGAUGCGAGGCGACGACGACGGUGGGGACGACGCCUUCGUUGUGGUACAGCGUGCUCGCAUUGCCCUUUGAUGAUCAGAAAUUGGCGCGACGAGAGCUGAGCACCUAUGGACGUGGCUAUAGAGCGAGAGCGGGACUCUUUAGCAGCACACACAUAAACCGCACCACGCAACAUUAUCGCCAUCGCGCCUCGCCCGACUGCAACACCGUCGCCAGCUUUGACAGCUCCACAUCUGGUUCACGCAACGGCCUCAACAGAUACUAUCGCCAGGCCUGGGAGAAUCUGCAUGAAUCGGCCUCGAAGAACAGCUCUCACAAUGCGCUGCGUCGCAAGGAGACGCUCGAUCCACCAAGCAUGACGCGUUCCCGCGACAAUCUGCGCGACAAUAUGCAACGUUCUCGCGAGAAUCUCGACAGAUGUGGCCGCGAUAAUUAUGGAAUGCGUGACAACUCGGAGAUGGUUGUGUCCGAUGUGUGCUUGAAGGGCGAGAAGAAGCGGCAUCAUCAUCAUCAUCACAAGAGCAGCUCCCGCAAUGGCGAUUAUCGUGAUCGCGAUCAAUCCGCUGGCCGGCGUGAUCAUCACAGGCACAGCGGUGGCGGCGGCGGUGGCGGUGGCGCCGGCGGUGGUGGCGGACACUAUUGACCAACCAUGAUCAUAACCAUCAGUGUGGAGCAAUAGCAACGCGCAGCCUUGGCGACGAGCAAAAAAAGCAAAGAAAAAAAGAAUAUUAUCCAUCUGCAGCACAACGAGCAAACUUUUUUUUUUUGUUUUUCAAAACUUACAAAUUUUGAACUUAACUUUUAAGCGAGGUAUUUUUAAUUUUUUUUUGUAUUCGAAACUAUUAUGAAAUGGGCAGCGCUUUAGUUGUUUAGGUCUGUUUAUAGCGAAAACGAUAAAAGUUAAUGGGUUAGAAAAGGAAGAAGAAGAAGAAGUAGUAGAAAAAGGAGCCGAAAAUGUUGCAAGAGCAAAUUUAAUUGCAACAUUUGCAAGUCAAUAGCAGCGCUACCAUAGCUAUAUAUAUAUCUACCGUAUAUCUUACUAUAUAUCGUAAAUUGUAUAUCGUAAAUCGAAUAUCGUAAAUCGUAUACCGUAAAUCGUAUAUCGUAAAUCGAAUAUCGUAUUUGCAUAAUUCCCCCAUUUCAUCUUAUCUUGUCUAAUUUAUUCUUCAAGAUUUUUAGUUGAAAACUUUUUAUGAAUUAGUUGUAGAAAGAAAACAAGAAAAAAGAAAAUGCAAAAAAACAAAAAAAAACGAAUUGUGUGUGGCAAAAGGCAAAAGCGAAAAGCGAGGCGUGGCGGUUAAAUCGUGUUAGUUAUUAAUUGAGAUACCAGCACAGCCUUCACAUUAUAUCAAUAUUACUAUAUGUAGUCCCUCACUCCCCCCUCCACACCACUCCAAAGCAUCACCACACCACGCGGCCCCCUUCACCCCCUCCUACACCCACUCUCACUCAAUCAGCUGAAAUUAUGUGCAACUUGGUUUCGCUUGAGAGCGAGAAACUUAAGCCAAAUCGACUUGCUCAUAGUCGCAAUUAACUUAGAAACUCCAGAAAUUCCAGAAUAUGCAAUCAUAGAUCACAAACAAAUAAAAAACAAAACAAAA